CGAAACAAAUUUUGUUUUUGUCGUUUGGUCUUACGAGUCAUUUGUGCAAUUUUUUAUUACAAAAUACGAAAUUUCAAAUUAAAUCAUGAAUUAUAUAAUUAAUGUGAUCAAGUGGAACCAUCUCCGUACAAUAAUCCAUUAACUCCACCUCACCGUAAUGAUACAAACCCAUCAAGCAGCUUGAUCGAGAUGUCCUAAAGAUGACGGCCGAAGUAAAAUCAUCCGAUGAGAUACUCCAAGAGCUAUUCGGUAUGUGUAAACAGAAAUCGAUCGAUUCAUCAGAACAGUCUAGUCAUAGUCAAAGUGAAAGCGACGUCGACGACGAUGCUUCUGCUACUAAAAAACACAAAAAGAAGAAGAAAAAGAAACACAAGAAGCACAAAAAACGCGGCCGAAGCUCAUCCGACGAAAGCGACUCCAGUGAUCGUAAAUCACAUAAACGUAAAAAGAAGAAAUCUCAUAAAGAUGACGAUAGGAGUAAAAAAUUAAAAGUUAAAAUUAAAACCGAACCUGGCGAGCCGCCUUUGCCUUAUGACGAACUCGUAGGUAUCGAAAAACGAGAUAAAGUUACAGAUACAGCUACGGGUAAAAAGAUGACUAUCGAUGAUGUAUUUAAUUCGUUGGGAAUCGCACCUAAGACUAGAAUCAAGGUUGAAAAAGGUCUAUCACCAGUUCACGUGAAAAAGGAAAAUGGCUGUGAUGUGAAACCGAAUCUUAUUCCUGAAGGACCAGCGCUACCUGUACCUCCUCCUACUCCUGCUCCUGCUCCUUGUCCUCCUGCGAGCUCAUCGGAUAAAGCACCGUUGAAGGUUGAAAAAGAUGCCGACACAAAUCCGAAUAGUUCGAAUAAAACCAAUCUAAGCGAUGUUUUUGAUGCUGAACCGACUUUAUUAGCUGAUAAGAGUAACUCGAAGACAAAAAAGAUAAACAUCGAUAAUCUGAAGCACAGUUCCGUUUACGAAGCUACAAUCAAAGAAGUCGAAGAACGAGAACGAAAAAAGGCUGAAAAAUACGAAGAAGGAGAACUAAGUUCAUCCUCUAGUUCAUCCCAAGAUGAAUUAAGCAAUGACGAUGAUCUUCAACAAGAAAGCGAAACAGAUUCGAAGAAGAAAGAAAAACGUCGCCAUAAACACAAACACAGAUCUAAAAGUAAAGAUCACGAACGUUCUAAAAGUAAACACCGUUCGAGAAGUCAUCAUAGAAAACAUAGCCACGAAAAAACGUCUCACAAAGAAAAAGACAAAGACAAGGAUAAAGAUAAGGAACACAAAAGUCGUAAAUCUAGCGUUAGUCCAUCGCGACAUAGUCGAUCGAGUAAAUCGUACUACGAUCAUCAUCAUCAUUCGGCUCAUCAUCGGCCGUAUCAUUAUUCUUCUUACUACUCUCGAGCUUCUAGCGUGGAAGGACGAGGUAGCUCGAGAUCUCAUACAUCGAGGGAGGAAAAAAGGGGCACUUCUAAUGACCGUAUUCAUUCCAGGAUUCGUGGUAAAAUAACUUCGAAGGAGAGGAGUACCAGAUCUAAAUCGAGCGAAAAAAUUGAUAAACAGAAAUUAUUAGAAAUUGCUCGUAAAAAUGCUAUAACUCUGCUGAAACAAGGAGCACUUCCUGCUUCGGUUGUUGUAAACACGAAGGAUAAAAUAGCUUCUAUCAAAGCCGGAGGCAAAACUGUCGAUGAAUUGACUGAUUUUUGUAAACAAUUAUCGAAAAAAGAGGCCUUAGGUCAAGAAUCUUUGAGCUCCGGAAGUGAUUUAGAUGAAGAAAGAGAGAAAGCUUUCCAUCAUCCAUUCCAGUUGAAAGAAAGACCCUCCAGUAUUGUAAUGAAUAUCAGGAACGCUGUUCCAUUACCCACAAAAACAGCUCAAGAAAAAACACUCGAGCUUUCCAAACAGCUCAGCCUCCAGUAUCCUGUUUCCAGUGGCCAACAUCAUAGUACAUAUGAAAGCGAAUGGGUACCUGUUGAAAAAACACCGGAUCCUCCGGCAGUUCCAGCUGUAGUACCACCACCUCAAAAAAUAACAGGCUCAGAGCCAUCGUACGCUCUCAACUAUCCUCUUGUAUCAUAUCCGACUGUAAAUUAUAAUGGAUACUCGAAUAAAAUACCGUUACCGCAAGCUCCGAGUGCUGAUAUUGGAAGUAUCGUAGCUGAACGUUUAGAAGCUAUACGAAGAUUAACGGAGAAUCCUUCAGAUCCCAUUGGAAACGAUCUAAUUCAAGUUGCUGAGAAUAAAAUGAAAGUUUGGGCCGAAUCCAAAGUGCAACCAGGUCUAUUCACCGGAAGCACCGGAGUAAGAACGCUCAGCGCUGCCGAAUUAAGUUCCGGUUUUAAAGCUUGGCCGAAAAAGAAUCAAUUUAUCGCCGCUAAACCAGUUAUCAGUGAUAAAGGUGAAGCUUUGAUGAAGAAAAUGGGCUGGCAACCUGGCGAAGGUUUGGGUAAAUAUAAACAAGGGCCUCCGGAACCGUGCGAGAUCGCUAUGAAAACUGAUAGAAAAGGUUUAGCCGAACAACCAGCGGUUACUAGUUUCCAGCAGACUAAUGUUGUAAAAAGAGCAUUCGAAUUGAGCCACAAUAAGCAUCCAGUCUCAUUGCUGAAUGAGUACUGCAGUCGUAAGAAAAUCGGUACCCCUCAGUACGACUGCGAAGAAAGAGAUGGUGCAGGAAAAAGAAAGCUGUUCGUAUUUUCGGUUACUGUGAAAGGUAUGAAGUACACGCCUCAUAUGCCUUGUUGUAAUAAAAAACAAAGCAAGAUCGAAGCAGCUACAUUAUGUUUGCAGAAUUUGGGAUUAUUACCUACCGGUUGAUUUGAGUGACAAGUAUUUUUGCUGAUUUUACAGUAUAUAUGUUUUUAUUCAUUAUAACCUUUUAUUUUUUUAAUUUAUUGUUCUUCGUGAUCCAAAGUACAUACUGUAAUUUUACAAUAAACUUUUCCCGAAGUA